AUGGACCAUUUGAUGAGGCUUGCAGUCUGGAUCAGUAUGACAGUCAACUACUUCCUCAUAGCCUCCCUCGCGUUACUGAAGAUCUGUUGCGCAGAGCUGACGCAGCCACAAUAUUAUGAUCCUACGCCGCCACGGAGAGCUGACGGCAGGCGUCCCUUCUACAUCAUCGGCCACAUGGUCAAUUCGGUCGAAGAGAUAGACCAAUUCCUCCGCCAGGGCUCCAAUGCUCUCGAGGCUGACAUCGAAUUCGCCGAGAAUGGCACUGUUGUCGGGACUUACCACGGAAUGCCAUGCGACUGCUUCCGGGGCUGCUUUAAGAGAACGCCGAUUUCGAAGUUCCUAGAACACCUUCGGAAUGUUACCUCCAUGCGAGAUUCAAGAUUCAGAGGUCAAAUGAGUCUUCUAUUCCUCGACUUGAAGACAACGAAGCUUUCGAAAUCUGCAAAGCCAGUAGCGGGUGUGACGCUUGCCUAUCAUCUCGUGAAGCACCUUUGGAAAGACGUGCAUCCAAGGUACAGAAUGAACGUAUUACUUUCCAUCGGCUACGUCAAGGAUCGUGACGUCACCAGAGGGGCCAUCUCAUAUUUAAUGAAGAAAGGACAUGGAGCUCUUUUACGGAACAUCGGUUUUGACGUGGGUAUGAAUGACCCCCUUAAGAGUAUCGCACGUAUGUACAAGAAGCUGCAGAUCAAUGGUCACCGCUGGCAAGGAGACGGACUCUCAAACUGCCUGAGGUUCAUCAUGCCCUUGGACAGGCUCAAGGCGGCGGUGAAGUUACGGGACAGUGAGCGUGGUUAUAUCGACAAGGUCUACCACUGGACCAUAGACCUGCCAUUUUACAUAGCCAAGAGUGUCAGGCUUGGCGUCGACGGUAUCAUCACCAAUCAGCCUCACAACGUGCUCGGCGUUGUCACGAGCAUUUUCUUUCAAAAGCGUCUCAAGGUUGCCACCAUGAAAGACAGUCCUUGGCAGAGGUUCCGCCGAAGUCCGCAGGAAGUACUCGAAGACGAGGGAAACAACGAUACGAAUAUCGUCGCGGGAGGGGAAGAGACACCCAGUGAAUAAGCGAUACCCCGAGUCCACAAGCAAGCGCAUUGCCCGCGUACUUCUUCACUCGAGUACAUUGAAUCCUAGAGUUUCCUAUAAGUACACUAGAAGAAAGUAUUUUUCAUGGGAGCCGCAACACAUGGGGCUUCAGGCAGCAUGGGAAUAAUGGGAAGUGCACAAAUUUCUCCAAACUUCGUUCCUCCCGCUUCGUUUGGCUACCUUGUGGCUUGGAUUCGCUCUGCCACCAGACGAAGUUCAGCAAAGCAUUAGCAGUUACGCUUCCCAACCUUCACAUCACUCGAGCUCACCGAUUCAAAUCGGGUCACGGAGUUCACAAUGGUUUGUUCUUUUAUUCAGAGCAAAGCCAGAGCAUCGAAAUGAACAAAUACACAAAUGCGUUCUAAGCCGCGAACGCAAAAGCUGGGCAAACUUCUGUACUACCCAUAAUUUCCAUAGU